CCGAGGUAACUAGAACGCAACAUGUGUCACAAGACAAACAUGGCCGCGUAUAUUUUUAUAACAUCGAGCUCCUAGUAUUCGACGAAAGCCAACAUUGAAUGACCUCAAUUGUUAAUACAAACUGCGCGUCUCCUGGCACUUUGUACGUAAUUCAGAGCAGGACUGAGGAUUUACACAGCUGUGUCGUUUAGCGAUCCUCUUCUUAGUCUUUAUUAGCUUCAUUAACAUUAUGGCAUCUUCAUUUGUUGUUGGAGACAAAUUCAGAAGUCGGGUGACAAAGUUGCUGGGAACCCCGGACUCAUCCCUGCCUGAAGGACUUAAAGAAGAACUGAAGGAGAUCCUGAAAAAAACACAGCCAACAGUCCUGCCUUUCAGCACAGCAAGGAAACUGAAGAAACACCUUCAGGAUAAAGGCCAUCCUUUCUAUCUUCAUCAAUUACUGGAAGACAGCUCACUGCACCUGCCUGAAGUCGUGAAGCCUCCCAGAAAUCCUGAGUUAGUGGCCCGUCUUGAGAAGAUCAAAGCAAAACUGGCUAAUGAGGAAUACAACAGGAUGACGCGUAAUGUCAACACUCAGGAAAUUAACCGAAAUGGUACACUUGCAGAUUUUGGUCAGCAAGUGCGCUCGGUAAAAGCAGUGGUGGUGACUGUUUUCAACUUCCUGGUGACUUUAGUUGCUGCUUUUGCUUGCUCCUACAUGGGAAGCCAGUAUUUAUUUACUGAAACCGCAGCGAGGGUGAUAUCAGCUGUGAUUGCUGCAUCUGUAGUUGGACUGGCUGAGCUCUAUGUCCUGGUCCGGACCAUGGAGGGAGAACUAGGGGAACCAUAGCAACUGUAAAAAAAAAAAAACAACAUACAGAUGUUUAGAUUUUUGUCUUUUUUAAUUCUAUUUAUUUUAAAUUCAUUUGUUGAAUUUUCUACAGUCAAACAUAAUUCUGAGUUUUAUGACGUUACUUACAUUCUUCACUUAUUUGUUAUUCCAAACUUUUUGUUUUUCUAUCCUGUUGAUGUUGUUUUUGUUCAAUUGUUUUCAAACACAAUCAUAUCUAAUACAUUUUUUUAAGACUCAAUAAAACUAGAAGUUAUUUUUUUCCAACUACAGAAAAAGUUGAAAAUAGAUGUAAAGUAUUGUAUUUUCUUUAAUUCAGGUUGAUGUUUAAAUCAUUAAUUGGCUGUAAUAUCAGAUUUUUAAACCUCGAUGAUCAACAACAUACAUCUAAUUUAAAAUCUGAUCAGUUUUUUCCUGAUCUCUUCUCCAGAUAUGAAUUCAUGUUUUUGUAAACCACACCACUCUUGUCAAGUCCUGAUAUAUCAGUGGAUGGAUUAAAAGAUGUAACCACAUCUGGAAUACAAUAAAGUAUCCUCCUAAGAUCUGAGAUUUGACACCCGGAUUAAAGGUUUAUUGAAAGAUUAUUUGGUAUUAAAGAUGAUUAUGAUAUAGAGCGAUCUGUGUCCAGCUCUCCUGUCUGUCAUGUUUGCCUCAGUAUUAUACCCCUCUCAUGUAAUAUUUCAAAACUUAAAUCCAUGCCAAAUUACUCAGCCUGUAAGCUGAUAGACCUUGAGCUCUGGCUUUAAUUUAGUUCUUAUUUUUCUUUUUUCAUUUCCUCUUGUUCAUCUAAACCCUCUGAUUCUUAGAAUACAGAGAGUUAUGGAAAAUAUUUUGAUAUAGGAAAAUAAUUAUUCCUGUCAUCAUAUCUUACCCCAAGUAAUCAUUUUAAUCGGCAUUACUUUGGAAGGAUAAUACUCAUGGGUCACAGCAGUUAAACAUGUCAUGCAGAAAAACACAAGCCUGCAUCUGGGAGGACAAAACUUCGCUUAAGGUUCACUUGAAGGUGGAUCAAAUGGUUUUAUAUAUUCUAAAUAUACAAAUAAACAUUUAGAAUAAACA